AAAAAGGUGACAUUUUAUUUUCAAAUUGAAAACGUUAUAAUUAUAAACAAAACUACUUGAUCACAAUGAAAGGUAAAUUUAGUGAUGAAGAUUGGUUGAGUGAUUAAACUUUAAUAGCACUUAUUUAGAUGGUAAAUAUUAAUAACCGUGAUGACAAUCAUAAUAAUAACAAUCCAUCUAGAUCGACCAAGCAUAAAGGGAAAAGAUUCAUUUGGUUCACAAAAUAAAAUUGAAUGUAUGAUUAUUAAAAUAAAGAAGAAGAAGAAGCGAAAAAUGUUGGCGAAAACAGAAAGGAAGGAUUUCCUCUCUUUCUAUUUCCAUCUUAAGACCACCUCUUACUCAGUCCUUAUUGCCUCUUAAUCAUAUAUCAAGCCGUUCAAAUGAUGGUUUAACCCAUAAGAAGCCAAAUUAACUCAACAGGCUAACAUCACAUUUUAUAAAUUCAGUGAAAACAGUUGAUUGUUUAACACCGAUUGAUUCAAACCACCCAAUACUUUUACCCAAUUUUCAUUUAAAAGUGUCUUCUUUUCAAUACAGACAUUGAAAUUUGUUUCAUAAACGGAUAUCUUCUGAUUCAUUAUCUUCUGCCUUUCUAAGGAUCAAACCUGACUCAACAAGUUUAUCCAGUAUUAACAAUUUAAAAACAAAGCCUUCAAAAUGGAUUCAUGGGUUAGCAUUUUAAUGGUAAUUUUAGCCGCUUUUCAAAUGAUUGAUUUGGGCGAUUGUAAGAAAAAGGAAGAAUCAAAUACCAAAACCAACACCGGCACCAAUCAGAAUGCGAUGGGUCCUUGGGGUUCCAUGGGCAUGGGAAUGCCAAUGCAGAUGCCAUGGAUGGGAAUGAUGGGAAUGAACCCAAUGGGAAUGAAUCCAUUGAUGGGCAGCAUGAUGGGCGGAAUGGGAGGAAUGGGUGGCAUGGGAGGCCCAAUGAUGACUGGAGGACCCAUGAGUUUUUACGACAAAAGUCCAAUGGGAAUGCCAAAUCCUAUGGGAAUGGGUGCUAUGAGUGGAAUGAGCGGAAUGGGUGGAAUGGGUGGAAUGCUUCCAAUGGGCUCAAUGAUUAAUUCAAUGAUGAGUCCAUUUUCAUCUUCCGCUAUGAUGCCUGGUUCAAUGAUGAGCUCUUCUUUCAUGACACCUUCCAUUUCUCCUGGUUUAUCUUCUGGUUCCUUUGGUUCUCCUGGUUUAUUUGGUUCAUCCAGUGGACUGUCUAGCUUCCCAGGUUUAUCCAGUUUAUCAUCUCUUGGUUUAAUGGCUUCAGCUUCAUCACCAUUCUCAUCAUCUCUUCACCCUUCCAGUUUUAGCCGUAAAUCUAGUUACACUACAUUGUAUCCAAUUUUUAGUCCUGAUGAGAAAAAGGAAAACACCAAAUCUGAAUGAAUUACAAUCCAAUGAGAAAUUACAUUUGUUAUAUUAACCUAAAAGUUCUGAAUUGUCGUUUCAAAAUUAUGUGAUGACAAUAAAUUUGAACAUAAAAGGUGAUAAGAGAUAUGUGUGAAUUGUUCAUUCCAAAGCAGUUGAAUUUCCCAUUGAAAAGGUACAACUUCUCCUUGACACCAGAUACAUUGUGAUAUAAAGCCAAUUGUCAUCAUCAUUCAUUUAAUCAUCAUUUCCUAUGUUCACUCAGCUAUUACCUCCGUACAAAACACGAAUAAAAAUCAAGUUUACAUUAUUUUUUUAAACAAAAAAACAAA